UGGCCAGCCACCAUUAAUCCCAAGAAGAAGACGAAAGGCAUCCCGAUAAUGACACGAAGCUAAUAGUGUCCAAUGAUGAGUGCUCAACUGAAAGAUGUCAUUAUCAAACCUGACGCUCCCAGCUCUCUGCUGCUGGACAAACAUGCAGACUACAUCGCAGCCUACGGCUCCAAGAAGGAUGACUAUGAGUACACGCUGUCGGAGUACCUGAGGAUGAGCGGCGUCUACUGGGGGCUGACGGUGAUGGACCUGAUGGACCAGCUGCAGCGGAUGAACCGCCAGGAGAUCAUCGAUUUCAUCAAAGCCUGUCAGCACGAGUGUGGAGGCAUCAGCGCCAGCAUCGGACACGACCCUCACCUGCUCUACACCCUCAGCGCCGUCCAGAUCUUGUGCCUGUAUGACAGUUUGGACGCCAUCGAUGUGGACAAAGUGGUGGAAUACGUUAAGGGGCUUCAGCAGGACGACGGCUCGUUUGCAGGAGACAAAUGGGGAGAAAUCGACACACGGUUUUCUUUCUGUGCUGUUGCUACGCUGGCAUUGCUGGGAAAGAUGGACACCAUAAACGUUGACAAAGCCGUGGAGUUCGUCUUGUCAUGCAUGAAUUUCGACGGAGGUUUCGGCUGCAGGCCGGGCUCAGAGUCUCACGCUGGCCAGAUUUACUGCUGCACCGGUUUCCUGUCGCUCACCGGUCAGCUGCACCAGCUCAACGCCGACCUGCUGGGCUGGUGGCUCUGCGAGAGGCAGCUGCCGUCCGGAGGCCUCAACGGGCGACCCGAGAAGCUUCCAGAUGUUUGCUACUCCUGGUGGGUCCUGGCGUCUCUGAAAAUCAUCGGCAGGAUUCACUGGAUCGACAAAGCCAAGCUGCAGCGCUUCAUUCUGGCCUGCCAGGACGAGGAGACGGGAGGAUUCGCUGACCGACCGGGAGACAUGGUGGAUCCGUUCCACACUCUGUUCGGUGUGGCGGGCCUCUCGCUUCUCGGCGACGAGGCGAUCAAACCGGUGAAUCCCGUCCUGUGUAUGCCGGAGGACGUCCUGCAGAGGGUCGGCCUGCAGCCCGACCUCCUCAGCUAGCGCCCCUUAGCUAACACAUCAUCAUCAUCAUCAUCAUCAUGACGAACUAAAACGCUGCUCCGCUCCUCACACCGGCUCCCAGUCUGAGUUAUAACCACUACAGCUGCACCCUGGAUGCAGUUAGAGGAUCACUCUUCUGCUUUUCAUCCAUCUGUGUUUGAAAGAACCAUCAGAAAAUGACAUUCCUUCGUUUCUCAACUUGUUUUUAGGAGAAAAACCUGGAAAUCUCACUUUCCUCACAUACAACCACAAACUUCACUGUAGUUUAUUGGGAUUUUUGUGAUGGAUCCACUGGAAGUACUCCACAGUUGUGAAGUAGAAGGAAAAUGUUACAUUUUUACAAAUAAACAAAUUAAAAAUAUACAAAGUUGAUGUAUUCAUCCUUUUGUCAGCCUGGAGGUUAUUUAUGGAUGCACUAAAUGAUGCUAUUUUUAGGUUUUUAUUUGUGAAAAAUAUUUUAAAGUUUGACAAUUAUAUCUUUCUUUGUAUCACAAAAUCUCAAUAAAGUGCUUUGUAGUUUUUGGCUGAAAUGUAAAAAUAUGGUGAACAUAUUUUGAGGGGCUUCUGAUAGGCUGCAAUGAUUAUUUUAGUUAUCGAUUAAUCGAUUGUUCUGGUGAUUAAUCGGAUAUUAAAACUGCCACAUUCUGCAGAAUUUUUAUUUAAGUGUUUUAUAUAUAAUCGUUAUAAAUCAUUAUUGAUCAUAAUUAAUCACUAGUAAUGUUUAUUUAAAUGACAGAUUAAUCACAAUUAAUUGAUUAUUCCAACAAUCAAUCAUUGUGAUUAGUCAGUUCAAUCGAUCAUGAUUAAUUGUCUCAGUAAUAGACUAAUCACAAUUAAUUGAUUUUUUUCAAUAACAAUCGAUCACUUCAAUAAUCGAUCAAUCGUUUCAGUCCUAUUUUUUGCCUUCAUCAGCCCCAAACCAAAAAGUUUUCCAAUUUUAUUGUAAAAGAACUCAAGUUUCUUUACAGGAAAAGGAAAAAUGUCAGAAACUUCAGUUUGUUGUUCUCAGUCAGUAAUGAAACAGUGACGGCCUAUUUAAAGUAGGAGCGCGUUUGUGGCUCUCCAGCACUCGCAGCCCGCUGCGAUAAUGGUCCACUCAGCUGGAGAGGAGCCACAGGAGUCGCUGCAAACUGGUUUAUGUCUCCAUCACACCAACGUGAGCGAAGCUGCUUAAACGGGGGGAGUUUUCAUUUCUUCUGUAAAUGUCGUGUUUAAUAUUCCAACUAUUUAUUGAAAUCUGUCGCUCUGCAGGAAAUAUUUACUCAAUCCUGAACAGAUUCUCCAGUUUCGCUCCACAUCCCUAAAUCUCCUACUGUCAGAAAAUAACCGGUUAGUGUGUUUUGUUAUAAAGCUUUAUGAACGUAUAUCAGUGUUUUAAUGUUUGAAUCCAAACUAAAAAUUAUGAUUUGCUAAAUUAACACAGUUACUAUAGAAAUAGUUUGUUUACAAGAAGGGUUUCUAUGUUUUAACAAAUUAAAAUCAGAUAAUUAAGAAGGUA